AUGGAGAAGGGCUCCUUCUCGGUGGAGUGGCUGGCCCAGAGCAGCCGCGGCGGAGCCCCGGAGAUGCCCGGUGAGUCCCGGCCGCGCCCGCUGGGUCCCCCCGCACAGCGGCGGCCGCGGCACUUUCGGUCCCCGCGGGCGGCACCGGCGGGGCACGGCCGCCACCGCGUCACCGCCCGCGGGACCCGGGGCCCGCCGAGGAAAAGGUGCCCCGAAGGGUCCCCCCCUCAAACGCCCCCGUCUGUUCCCGCAGACUCGCCCCGGGACCGGGAGGCCGCCGAGCGCCGCAGCCCCGGGCACGAAGCGGAGUCUGUGGGCGCCGUGCCCGGGCGAUCCCGCACCAAGUUCUCGGCCGCGCAGCUGCGGGAGCUGGAGCGCAGCUUCCGAGAGCAGCGCUACAUCCGCGCCGGCGAGAAGCGGCGCUUAGCCGCCGUGCUGAAUCUCUCCCAGAGCCAGAUAAAAACCUGGUUUCAGAAUCGUCGUAUGAAGUUCAAACGCCAGACUCAAGAUGCCAGGAUCGAAGCUCUUUUCUCAGGCUUAUUUUUGCCCUAUCAUUGUUACCCAGACACAGCUACAUCCAGCCAGCCUCAUGGGAUGGAUGUCAAUGUCUCUGCUACCUCUGCUGUUUCCCUUCACCCAGCUAUGCCAAACCCUGCCUUUUUGUUGCCUUCUGUUCCAGAUCAGUCGCUUCAGCCAAGCCCAGCUUUACUACUGCCUCCCGGGCCAGGAUUAUCUUGUUGCUCUUCUGUUCUUCCAGCAGUGACUCUAACCACUGAACAUAAAAGACUGAUGUUCCAACCAGAUCUUCCUUCCUGUUAAUGUCAACGAUUAUCAGUAAUCUAAAAAAGAAGUGCCAAAUAUCUCUAACUAUUUAACUUAUUUUGUUAUAUUAAAUGAAUUGAUGGUUCUUUGAAUUAUUUUCUUUAACAUAAAAAAAAAAGUUUGAUUAGCAGAGAAAGUAAUUUACCCACAUGAGAGAAGUUGUACUGAGUGGAAGUGGAGGACAUGAAACCUCUCUUUAUUCCUACAGAUUUCACCAUGCUGUAUGGAAAUUUCUAUGUAAACUUUGCCUGUCUAAAAGUUUUCAGACAAUAACCUAUAAUCAUGUGGGGAUCUCCACUGAAAAAGUGGAGUACUGUUUGCACUGAAAUUUACAUAACAACUAUGUCAUUUAAUAGACAAUGGUGUUAAAAACUUUGUCUAUUCUACUUGACCGUGGGGUUUUAAGGAAAUAUUUGUAAACUGCAGC